AUGUUGACUGCGAGCCACGCGCCGCAGCCCGACGACGUCACGGUCCCGGCUCGCUCUUUUGGCGGAUGCUCCGCGUGCCGAAAGCGCCAUAUGAAAUGCGACGAAGGCCGGCCGUCAUGUUCUGCUUGCCGAGAUUCCGGUCUGGCUUGUGGUGGUUAUGAGAAGAGCAUCUUCUUCAGCUCCGACGACCGCAAUGGCGCCUCUGCAGGCGGCCGCCUCCGCUUCCGGCAGUUCAUGCUCAGCGAGCGAGAGCGCCAGGCAAUGAGCGAGUAG